GAAUCAUACGGUUUCGUCCACACACGGUCCCAAAUCUCAAAUACGUCCUUAUAAUUUUCUCUCUCUAUAUGCUCUCUCUCUAGAAACUCGCCGGCGAUGACUUCCUUCUCCGCCUCGCCGCCGCCACCCAACCUCGCCUUCGCCGCUGCAGCAGCAUCCAGGCUCGCUCCCGCGAAAAGAUCCUUUCACCCUCGGCCCCCGGAUCCUGCCGCCGCCUCCCUCUGCCGCUGCUCCACCGGCGGAAACUCCUCCGCCUCCUCCUCCGGUGAAGAUGCGUCUCCUUUUCACCGGAAUUGGGGCUCUGCUAUUCAAGAUGUCCUCAAGAAUGCCAUCGAACGGUUCGAUUCUGUGUUGAGUCCGUACAGGACACGGGAUAAGGAUGGUGGAAGCGACGUCGUUUCUGGGGACCAAGAAACGGGAAAUGUCAAGAAGAAGAACAAGAAAGUAGAAGGCGAAGAAGAUGAAUGGGAUUGGGAGCGAUGGAAGAAGCAUUUCGAACAAGUGGAUGAGCAGCAGCGUCUUCUCUCCGUCUUAAAGUCACAAUUAAAGCGGGCUGUAGAACAAGAGGAUUACGAAGAUGCUGCCCGGGUGAAGGUGGCAAUCGCUGCAGCAGCUACAAAUGACACAGUUGGCAAAGUGAUGUCUAGUUUGAGCAGAGCUAUAGUGGAAGAUUACAUGGAUGCAGCAUAUCUACGAGACAAAGCUGGUGCUGGGUUGGUGGGCUGGUGGUCAGGCAUUUCAGAAGAUGUCAAGGAUCCGUAUGGUCUAAUUAUUCAAAUAACUGCAGAGCAUGGAAGAUAUGUUGCAAGAAGUUUAAAUCCUCGGCAGCUUACUGCAUCUGCUUUGGGUGCUCCUUUGUUUGAAAUAUUUCUCACUGUCGAUAAGAAAGGAAACUACAACAAGCAGGCUGUGUACUUAAAGUGGAAGGAAGUUUCCCCAGAUACGUCGGUUAUGCCUUCCCGAACUUUGGGUUCUGCAAGGCUUUUAAAUCCACCAGUUAGGAAGGAAGAAAAUAGUGAUCUUUCAAUUGAAAGCUCUGAGGACGAAGAGAGUGACAACACAGAUGAUGACUCCGAUAUUCUUGAGGAGUCUUCUGGUUUCCAGAGCUUCUUGCGCGAUAUGAUUCCUGGUGUAAAAGUCAAGGUUGUAAAAGUAACUGUACCUGGGAAGGCAGACAAGGAUUUCAUCUCAAAAGUCAUUGACCAGAUAGUUGAUGAAGAAGAUGAUGACGAAGAUGAAGAUGACGAAGAUGAUGAUGAAGAUGAAGGGAAAGAUAUCGAAGAUGACCUAGAAAUUGAAGACGAAACUAAGGCUGAAAUUGAGGAGGAAAACGAUGAUAUUGAAUUGGAAUCUGUGAUGGAUGGAAUUGUAGAUGACAAUGAGGGAAGAGAAUUUGCAGUUAAAGUUGUUAUAGGUGAUAUUGUGGAUAGGCUUUCUGGAAGUCAACCUCUUAAUAAGGAGUCACUUCGACUUCCAGCCAAUCUUGAAGCCAUUGGACGCUCUUGUCGACAGUUUCGUCUAGAGAAAGAUGUAAAGCUACAAGAUCCUAAGAGUGUGGAAAAUGCCUCAGUUGAUGGGAAAGCCAAACUCCAAAGCAGACGCAGGAUUGAUAAUCUUAUGUUCGACCUUGCUAAAUCGAUCGAAAGAGAGAAGAGGAUUUCUUUAAAGAUGCUUAAAGAUGUCGGUGAAUUGUUAAGCCUUACUCUCAGUCAGGCCCAAAAGCGUAAGCAGCUGUCUGGAUUGACGAGAUUCCGUCGCAUUGAUGUGAUGCCAUCACCUGAUCCUUUAGAUGGACUCUAUAUGGGCGCACAUGGGCUGUAUACCUCAGAAGUAAUUCAUUUGAAACGCAAAUUUGGCCAGUGGAAAGAUGACAAGGAGUCUAAGAAGUCGACGGAGAUUGAAUUUUAUGAAUAUGUUGAAGCUGUGAAAUUAACUGGAGAUCCUUAUGUGCCUGCCGGAAAGGUAGCAUUCCGCGCCAAGAUUGGUAGACGUUAUGAGCUUCCACACAGAGGGCUUAUCCCCGAGGAAUUCGGAGUGAUUGCGCGGUAUAAGGGGCAGGGCAGGCUUGCGGACCCUGGAUUCCGGAAUCCGAGAUGGGUAGAUGGCGAACUUGUAAUCCUUGAUGGAAAGUAUGUGAAAGGAGGACCCGUCGUUGGAUUUGUCUAUUGGGCGCCUGAAUAUCACUUCGUGGUGUUCUUCAACCGGCUGAGGCUUCAAGCCUAAGUUUUUUUCUCGAUGUACAUAAACUUUGAGCUUCGAGGUUUUCUCCGCACUGUUCAAUAGGAAGCGGAUUCGUUUGUGCACUUUUUUCAUUGAUCGCUUAGAGAGUUUUAAAGGCAAAGACUUCGUAGGUGAACUUAUGUGAAAGCUUGUUUACCAUUUGGAGAUCAUCUGAUUCAGUUGGUAACCACUGUUUUUGCAAUCGCUGAUCUGUUCUUUGCAAGCCCGAUUACGUGUUAGUUUGGAUUCAAGACUAGGCAAGGAAUGUCAAGAAACCUGGAUUUUUAAGGUAACACUAUUUGUAAAUUUUAUGCUAUUUUUGUUAAUAAAUGUCAUCCUUGUAAAAGCAA